AUGGCAUACAGACUCCAAGAUCACGCUCUAGAUCUUUCUUUGCCGACAGCUGAAGAAGCAUUACUGGUCUCGGUAGACUCUACCCAAGUCCCAACAUGCACUCAUAUUCCAAGGCAAAUCUCUACAGAUGAUCUUAUGAAGAUUUUGCCCAAUUCAUGGAUAACAAACUAUGAGAUGCUCCAUCAACCUCAGAAAGUUUUCCAGACCCUUACUGGACCAUCUUAUCACAAAAAAGAAGAUGACUUUGUUGAAAUAAUCUUUGACAGAACUCAAACAAAGGCUCCUAGUUGCUCUACCACCCAGUAUAUGAUGACCUCUAUCACACCCGCUGAUGUGGAAAUCCAAUCCUUCGAUUCUCAAGGCAGCCCUAUUUAUGCUUUCGAAUCUACGGAUGGACAUAAGUAUUGGGAUGUUUACGACUGCAAAAGUUGCCUAAAAGUGGAAGAAGACCUCCCAAAGCCCAAGCGACGUCCGAGCUCAAGAAAACGACUUAAGCAAUGA